AAACACUGCAGAGCGAGGACGAGGGAGGUCACAUCUCUGUAUUACGUAUGUUUUGACAAAUUCCUCGCAUUUGGAACACAUUUGCGCUUGGCGGUUGAGAAAGUAGCUUCGUUUUUCAAUGUUUUAAACAACAACCACUUCUCAUCACAAUGUGUGAUUGCAGAAGGAAAGGAACAGCUUUUGAAUUUAUUCCUGGAACAACCGCCUGCCAUCAAAUAUGGCUACCAAAGACACAUCUCAUCUUCAAGAUGAUCAUAAUGGUUCUGUUGCUAUCACCGAAACUUGCUUUGUCGGAAGAUUACCACUCGUCGACGACCGAUUCGUACUAUGAGGCGUUUAUAAAUAUAACGUACAAAAUAAAAGCAACGAACGAGACCCGUAAUUUUAAGAGUGACAAGGGGAGAUUCGGAGUCGCAGUGAAGUCUGCAAGGCUGAAGGUGGAGCCAGAGAGUGGUGUCGUCGUCGUCGUUAAAACAGUUUUAGGCAAAAACGAUGGAUGUGGUGACUAUAAUGUGACAAUUCCUCAGGUGAAAUGGAUCGCAUUGAUUGCCCGUGGAGAAUGUUCCUUUUCAAAGAAGAUCACCAAUGCUAUGAAGUAUAAUGCUUCCGCAGUCGUUGUCUACAACGAUAAGAAGGACGAGAAGAGUUUGCAUGUCAUGGAACAUGAUGUUGAAGGGGCCAUCGCCAUUUCAAUUCCAUACAGCGAGGGUAAUACAAUAGCUGGCUUCCUUGACACGGCUUACAAUGUGACCAUGCAAAUCACUGUCGGUGCAAAGACAAGCAGGGACAGCAGCACUGAUAAGAACCCAAGCAAGACUUCAGUAGUAUUUGUAUCUGUCUCUUUUAUUGUGCUGAUGAUUAUCUCCCUUGCGUGGCUCGUCUUCUACUAUAUCCAGCGGUUCCGCUAUGCUCAUGCAAAGGAACGACUUGCAAGGCGACUAGCAAGUGCUGCAAAGAAAGCCAUUGCCAAGAUUCCACAAAAGACUGUGAAGAAUGGAGAUAAGGAAAUGGGCACUGACUUUGACCAGUGUGCUGUAUGCAUUGAAGGAUACAAGGCGCAUGAUGUCAUUAGGACGCUUCCUUGCAAGCAUGUAUUUCAUAAAUCCUGUGUGGAUCCAUGGUUGCUGGAUCAGCGAAGUUGCCCCAUGUGUAAAUUAGAUAUACUCCGAGCUUAUGGGAUGCAUGUCGGCGGCAGCGAGGACAGUGUACACCCUGAUGGGGAGAGUGGCAACGCUAUGGGUCCUGUCGAGGAUAUUGAGCAGACUUCCGUGGGGGAUGAGCAGAGUGCAGACGGCGAGGUCAAGGUUCUCCUCCUUCCCCAGCACCUGUGUCUCCACCAUGGGGGUGAGACAAGCACCAGUGCUGGCAGGGCUAGUAUAGAUUCCAGUCACGUCACCUGUGAUCCAAGUGAAGACUGUGCUCAUUCCAGUGACUCUGAAUGUACCGAGCUUCAUUCGUUAAUGGAUCAUAUCGGGGCAGCAGGUGUAGAACCAUCGUGUACUGUAGUCAAUCAAAAAGACUCGGACACAGAAGGGGAUUUAUCAGUGUAGCCAGGAUGCGCUGAUCCGGUCUGUGAUAAGUGUUGGAUUCGGUGUUCCACAUUCCAACUUAGCCAUUGAGGAAACAGUGAAGAUAUUUCUAUCAAGGAACCUUUUGUGAUUAGCAUAAUCUGUGGAUUAAGUAGAUGUAGAUAUUGAAAGUGGUGGCAAUGAUGGAGUAAUGGCACAAGGCACCAUUGAAUGUAAGUGUCUGUUUCAUUCAGUGAAUCAGUUGUAAAUGGCAAGAAACUUGGCUCGAAGUCUCUAGACACUGCAGGUCUGUUGAGCAGGUUGUUGAUGAGAACUCUUUGACAGUAAACAGUAAAUAAUUCAGGAAAUUGCAACAUGCAGAUCUUAUAUAGCAAUCUAUGUGUAAGCAUCCAGAAGGAAGAUGAAGAAUGUAACUUUGUAAGAAAACAUUUUUUCUCUCUUUUUUCACUUUAGAAAACUUCGGUAAAUAAAUUGGUGUCUUUGUAUAAAACAUCAACGCUUUUGUAAAAAGGUGUUAUGCGAAAUUGAUUUUGACAAGUUGAUAGGUUAUCAGUAUAUAAUUCUUUAAACUAUCAUAGAGAUGAGCAUAAAGAUUUAGUUUGGUGCAAUUUUACUUAAAACUAUUAAAUUAUUUAGGUAGAUUGUGAGUUUACUAGUAUAUAGCUGGGUUGAAGUGCCUGCUCCAAGUUAAUGAAAGCAGAAUGCUUAAGAUCCUGGUGUCAAGCAGAGAGUAUCAAAUGACAUCACAUGGCAGUGAAUAUGGAAUCCAGCCCUAGUCGCAGACUAGAUGUACAAACAGAAUGCCAAAGACAAUGCAAGGUUGGUGGAGAACACAGUGACCUUGUAACAGGCUGGACAUAUAGAAUUGUUGCCAGAACUUGAUUGGUCCUUGCUGUUGAAAAUCUUUGAGUCGAUGGUGUGGAUAGUGGCACUUGGCCGUGAAGAGGAAAACUUCUGAAAAUGGUGUGGUUCUGAUUAUUCUGUAUAUGCCAUUUUCUGUGUCACCCUUCGUAAUUUGUAUAUAUUCGGAAUUAUGAUAUGUGGUUUGAACCAAAGUGUUUGUAAAGUCCUAUCCAGCCAUGUUUGGACAGAACUGUAAUUUUGAAUAGUAUUUCAGACUUUGAUUGUCCACGUCAGUUAUCGUCAUGACUUUAGUUGGAAUUGGUUGAUGCAUGUCAUCGUAUCCGGAUUUACAGUUCACCGGCAUAUGGCUGGAAUAUUGCUGAGUGUGGCAUUAAACAACAAACAACAACAGUUGGGGUUAUUAAGGUUACCCUCGAAUGGAAAGUGCCACUUUCAGGUUUUCUUCAGUAUGAUCACCAAAGCAGGAUCUGGCUAUGGUUUUACAAGUUCACCUGUUCUUUCAUCACUAAACACCAAGAAACAUUAACUAGCUAUGCUAUAGUCUGCUUCACAUUUUCACCUUUUCUUUGUUAUUUUUGCAAUGUUGUUGAAAUUGAUGUUCAAUGUUGACGUUGACAAUUUGUGAUUCGGUGUCACUCUUUCUGUUACGGUAUCUUUUACGAAUCAUUGACACUUAUCAUUCUUCCAUCACUUCUGUGAAUGUAGUCCUGUCUGUAGACAUUCAUGAUUGUUAAGUAUGAAGCAUGUACUUUGUUGUUUUAUAAGAAAACACCUUUUUCAAUCUCCUUCCUAUUGUAUUUCUUGAAUCUUUUUAUCUUGUAUGUAUUUCUUACAAGUGUGAGUGGCUGAUAACUCGCCCGAAACAAAUGAUUUGUUUGCAUUUACACUGAACAGAAAUGGUUGUCUCAAAAAACAAUCACCCAAUUUCUAUGACUUCUGUUUCAAACAUAUAUUAACCGACAACUUACACUACUCAACAUUUGCUAAGGAUAAAAAUAGUCACCUUUGCUCAAAGGUGUUGUCCAUAGCUAAAGUUGCCAUGUCAAUAUUGGAAACCUGCAUUUGAACAUUUAAGCAACUUUUUGUAAAUUUUCGAAUUUUAUUUCUGUCACAAAUGUGAGUUUUAUAUUAUUUCAAAUCUUAAAAAGUACUACACAAAACUUCUUAUAUUGUUCAGAUGCAAACAUGUCUUUGAGGAUAGCGAUAGUAACAUCUGUAAGAUGCAAACAUGUUUUUGAAGAUGGCGAUAGUCACUCAGUCAGUAGAUACCAUUGAUUGAAAGAAAUGCAGAAUUACCUUCAUGUGGUUGAAGUAAAACUCUCAAGUGAACAUGUUUGCUUUCACACCUUCACAGGGUAAUGACAGCUAUUCUACAUUAAGCAUGCUUCAAAAGCCCUCAUUGUUGUGGUGUUUCAAUGAUACUUAUGUCCCGUGUGUAAUCUCCAUUAUGUAGAUUUCAUUGAGUGUUCUUGAUGUUUAACACAAUAUUGAUCUUCUUUCAAAUGUGUAGGGGUUGUCUCAAAAACCAUCAUGUCAUUUUCUGAUUAUAAACUGUUCAUUCCGAGUUAAUUCAUACCUUACAUACAGUGUUAUGGUUGGAGGGACAACACAUCUUUCAUACCAAUACUACUGAAAUUAUAUCUGUACAAUUUCAUUUCAGCGAUGAGUUUUUGUAAUUUUUUUCUAUGUGUUUAGCACUGUAGAGAACACAAUGUACUAUUUGAUUAGUCAAAUUAUACCUGUAUUGGAAAUUAUAUUGAUAUUUUAAAUGACAUCUUUUAACAAAGAUGACAUGAGACCUUUUCAAACAACCUCUUUUGUUAACUUGGUUAAUACCUAAAGUGUUUAUACAGGGAGUGUAUGCUGAUGGCAUUUAUAGCAUACUGAAUGAUGGAGCAGUGUGAGGAUGCUUCAACUAGAUGCAGGAGACUUGAGAGAUAUCUGCUACAGAACUAUCCUUGUUGCUUUGUUGGAAGAAUGUUUAUGAUCAUGUUUAGUAUACUGUUUCAUUAUCAUAAUGCCCAAACACUUUCAGCGGAGGUGUAUCAAUGCAAUGGUUUAGAAUAUCUAUAGAUGGGUUACAUAACACAACACAAGUUUUUGAUAGGUUCCUAUUGACUGGUUGUUAUUGGAAAUAUCCUUAGGCUUUUGUUGAAUUUGGUAGUGAUAUAGAAGAAUGUCUUAUCAAAUAAGGUGAAAUCAUGACAGUGUUCUAGAUAAUUCGGCCAAAUCAUUUGAAAACAUGUUGUUUUCUAAUUUAUUCUGGACCGAUUUCUGUCGUGUUUCUAUGACAACUUCCAAGAUGCAAAUAAAGGCUGGAAACGUCUGUAUUAGGAUGACAACCAAUGUGAAGUUCUAACCCAAUAUGCCUUAGGAUGCAGGAAAUUAUAUCAAAACACUUUCUUUUCAAAGACACUUCUUUGUUUGUUUGUUUUUCUUUUAAAAAAAAUUCAUGAAAAUAUAGUUCAAGCAAAACUAUUAACCAUUUGAAAGCAUUAAGCAAACAUUGUCUCAUAUUGUUUAAGGGACAACUUUAGGCCUCACUGUUUUCAUUUCCUUGUUUGCAUACUACUUGCUUGGUUUGUAGAGUGAAAAUAUAGACAAAUGUGUGCAACUAUAUUCCACAAAAAAUGUAGAGCAGGCAGGCCAAUACAGGUGAGUAGAAAAUUCCUCUAGUUGAUAUAAAUGAAACAUUGUUGAUAUCUAGACAAUAAAAUCCAACCUUUGGCAGUGACGUAGAGUCAAUGACAGGAAGCAUUAUUCUAAAAGUGAGAAUGAUCGAUGAAGUGUUAUGAUUGCUUAGUAAUAAUAUUGGUGUUAAGUAAAAGUUUUUCUAAGUUGAUUUAUGAUAAUGUAUUUGCAGCUGAAGUUACAAAAAACAAACGUUUCUUAACAUCAUGCUGUCGUCAUGUGUUAGUCAUCCCACUGAGUGCUACUCCUGAUGAAUGAGGUCAGGUCAUUGUAUUGUUACACCCAGAGGCUCUGUUCAAUGGGUUGCACAUCUUUCAAGUGUAGUACUAGCAUUGACAGGUUCAGUUCAUCCCUUGCCAGUAGCAUGUGUCUGUCACAUCCCUCCCAUGUCACUCAUUUCCUAGACACCUCAACAGCUUAACCAUUUAGUUUUGUUGGGAGAGGGAAUCUUUUGUUAGAGACGGGAUAUAUUUCGGUCCCUAAUUGAACACAAUUUUUGUUUACUCCAGGAGUAGCUUAACACAAAAAUAAUUUCACCACACAUUUUUUUCUGGAUCUUCACCACUUGUUUGCUUUUGAAACAGGAGGCAAACUUAUUUUAUUGCAGUAUUUUGUGGAACAGAAUAUUUUAUAAAAUGCCCCUCACCUCACAGUUUUAUACAAUUGGCCUCUUAAGCUCUAACUUCCUACAAUUCCAUUAAAAAUAAUAACUUUCCUCCCUGUCAUUCAUAUAUUUAUCGUUUUGGCAUUAGGCAUUAUGUAUUCAGUCAUAAAGACAAUAGUAGCCUCUGAAAGAUGUGUAACCUUUCGAAAGCCUUUACAUACGUGUACUAUAUAUAUAUCAGACAUAUUAUGUAAAUUUCAAUUUCAUAUUAUAUAGCCAAUGUACAUUAAUCCAUUACAGUUGUGUUCAAAAGGAUUUAUUACUACCUGGUAGUGUGACAAUAUGCCCUAUAUGCCAUGUAUGAGUUAAUAUUCUUAUAGCUUUAUUCCUAUGAACUUACAGCACUAAUCUGUUAAUGCCCUUUCUUAAUCAAACACUAUUGUUGCCUGCCUAAAUAGCUAUGUAAAGUAUAGUACAAAAAGUAAUACUGUUGGAAUUAGUAUCCAAGUGGUAAGGAAAAAACAGUAUUUCAGAAUACACAACCAGCUCUUUCAAUAUACUUUUGCUCUUCGACAUGCUAUAUGCUUCGACCACCUUAUACAGUUAGCCGAUUCAGACUAGACCAUCGUCAAUCUCCAGUGUAUCAUGUCGCCAUACUGUUUUGGUAUAUACCCUUGACACAUUCAAUACAACUGCUUCAUUUUGGAGUCUGAAUUGAAUUGAGUGAGAGAAAUUCAGUGCUAAGUUAAUGAUAGGAGCGAUGGCGGUGGUGACGUCAAUUCACAGCGAAUGGGUACAGGGUGUUUAUCAUAAUGGAUUGCAGAUAGGAUACUGAGGAUUAUUGAGGAUGAGUCUAGACGUACUAGACAUGUUUCAGAAACCGAAAUUACAGACAAUUUCAUCUGUGAGCACAAAGCUGUAUUGAUGUCAGCUUGUUUAACUGGACAGAGACCCAGUGUUGUCAGUGAUGUGGCAAGACCAUACUCCCCAGGCUAGGGAUGGGUAUUGGAGGUUUAAAGUGUAUUACAAUAUUUUACGAUGCACAAGGCUGUAUUGCGAUACAUAUCACAAUAUAUUGUGUAAUUCUAAAUUUUGAAUUCAGAUACAUGAAUGCAUGAAUUGAAGUUCAUAAAUAGAACAAAACAAGAUGCUGGUACAACAUAAUUUACUCAUUCAAGAAAUAAACAGCCAUUUCGAAGUUCGAGAUGCAUGCUAGUGCAGUGAAGGUAUUUGGCAAGUGUAUAACAUUAAACACAUGAUAAGAAAUCGCUGUUUGAAAUUACCCGAUAUGCCAAUCUUUAAGAAAUGAUAUUGUAAUAUGUAUUGUCGAAAGAAGUAACCUCAAUUUACCGGUAAUACGACCACCCUUACUCCAGGGGUUAUGGACCUAUCUACAUUAACGUCCAUGAAUCUUGGCUGAUGUAUACCACUUCUAAAUGCCUUUUGGACUGACAUAUAGUCCCAGUAAUAAAGUUCCCUAGUUUAGGAAUCUAUAUCUACUAAAAAUAUAAUAAGAUCCAAAUGGAGCCUAGAACAAUCCUUGACGCAAUUUAGACUUAGCAAAUUGUAGACUUGAGUUGGGUUCCUUUUUUAAUUUAUUCUCUCGGGUCAGGGAGACAGACUAAAUGCCUUUCAAAGAUCUAUGCCCAUCUCACCUUUACAUUUCUUCUGAUAAUCAAGAGGCAUAUAUGUUUUUUCAGUCUGAUAUGGCUGCAUCCUCUGGUUCUCUACAGCCUACAGUCCCCAUAUUCUGUAUGCAUGUCCUACAUGCAUCAAUGUAUGUGUACAUGCAUCAUUUGAACCACCAUUUUAAAAAUGUGUGUUUGAUCACAUGACUGCAAGUCCAUUGUAACAUACUAACAUUUACCAUUCACCAAUAUUACUUCAUAAACAAGACUACUAACCUGUUUGUUUUUACAUCAGUGCUUAGCAUGUUGAAUUCAUCAAGACGAACCUGAGAGAGGAAUGUUUUGGUUACAGUUUAUGUAUUUGUUAAUUGCGUUAUACAAGGGUUACCUUUGUUUUUUUGUCAGCAUGCACGUUAUGUUCACUGUACUGAAAUUCUUAAUUGCAAAACUUUUAAUUUAAGAUGUUUACACAAUAUUCUGUCAUGUCAAUGCAGCAGAUAAAUAUGGGACAGAUUUUCUCUAUUAUGUUCAUUCUGUAAUGUACUUUGUAUGGGAUAUGGUUUUGUUACUUUUCUUAAAAUUUCUUGAAAUUGAUUCCACCCACCUUGAUUCCGUUUGCUCAAAGUUUAUUGUAUUUAAUCUUCUAUAAACAAUGAAUGCAUGCAUUUUCAAUAUGGUGACAGUGGUGACACACAGGAGCUACAUCCAGGACCUUUAGAUGCUAGGCAUGUAGGAAUGCAGGAUCCAUUGUCAAUAUCAGGAUUCGUUGUCAAUAUCUGGAUCCAUUGUCAAUAUCUGGAUACAUUGUCAGUAUCAAGAUACAUUGUCAAUAUCUGGAUCCAUUGUUAAUAUCAGGUUACAUUGUCAAUAUCAGGAUACAUUGUCAAUAUCUAGAUCCAUUGUCAAAAUCAGGAUACACCAACUUUGAAAUUCUGAGAUUUAUGUGGUAUUUAAGGUGAAGUAAUAUACACCACUUAGGAACUUUUUCAAUACUGAUUUUUAAACUGGUAUCAUUUGGUAAAACAGCUCUUGUAGGUGUAUAUGUGGUAUUGGUAAUAUUGCAUAUCAUGAUGAAGAUCCGGGGUAGAAUAGGUCUUCAGCAACCCAUGCUUGCCGUAAAAGGCAACUAAGCUUGUCGUAAGAGGCGACUAACAGGAUCGGGUGGUCAGACUUGGUUGAUGCAUGUCAUCAUAUCCC